CGAUAAUCGCGGAAUGACUUGGACAAUUUUACAACAGGCUCAGCUCAGUGUAUCGGAGGAAUUUGAUCCGUGUAGAAGUGCCAUGCAAAAUAAUGUCAUUCGCUUAAAGUUAUUCACCUUAAACGAUCGUCAUGUCGCUGCAAGCCCUCGCCGUGUUGACUCUACUGCUGACUCCUGCAAUCAGCUCGAGGCAAACCUGCGUUUGUUUUACCGGCUAUGAACCAAUAUACGUGAACGAUGGUUGGUUAUGCGAGCACAACUACCGUAUCUAUCCAUGUAAUGCGGUGGAAGGACCGAAAUGCGUUUGCUCCGGUGAAGAAUCAAAUGUGCUGAGAGAUAAAGCCGGCGUUUCGUGUGUGCUCUACAAGAAAGGGAAGGAAAUUAAAAGGUGGCCCUGCGAAAAUCAAGAGGAGUGGGACGAAUUCAAGAAAACUAUCAUCGUGCACUCGGUGGAUUCGAAUAGAACUAAUGCAGGAAAUAAGGCCAAGGCGUGAUUAGACUGUAAAAUGCUGAAUUAAUAAACUUUUUGUACUCA